AGGGGAAGAAACGCGAUUUAUGCUGUACUCGAAACCCCUUUACUCAAAAAUAAACAGCCGCCAUAAUCUUCUUCCCCAAUUUCUCUCCGAUUAAGCGGAAGCCCUAGUUAUGGAUCUCCUGCAAUCAUACAGAAACUCCGACAUGGAAGAAGACAAAGACGACGACGCUUCACCCCCUCCGCCUACAAAUUCCGACCCGGACCCGGACGCUUCACCCGACUCCUCCCCAGUCCGGAUCUCACUCCCCUCCAAAUCCGCCGCACCCAAAGUCGACGACACCAUGCUCUCCCUCACCGUCUCCGGCAAGGCCCAUUCGGUGGCCCACAAACCAAUUGACCCGACCCAACACCUCGUCUCCUUCAACCCCACCUACGACCAGCUCUGGGCUCCAAUUGCCGGCCCCUCUCAUCCCUACGCCAAAGACGGGCUCGCUCAAGGCCUCCGCAAUCACAAGCUAGGGUUUGUUGAAGACGCAAAUAUAGGAUCUUUCGUGUUUGAUGAGCAGUACAAUACUUUUUAUAAAUUCGGGUACGCUGCGGAUCCUUCCAAGAACAGUUAUGUGGGCGAUGUUGAAGGGUUUAAGAACAACGAUGGGAUUUCCGUGUAUAAUAUACCGCAGCACGAGCAGAAGAAGAGGAAAUUGGAGAAGAAGAAGGAGAUGUUGGAGGAGAAUGAGGGAGGUGACCAGGUGGAUGCGGUUGAGUUGGAGAAUCCGGCAUCGGAUACUUGGUUGAUGAAGAAUAGGAAGAGUCCGUGGGCGGGGAAGAAAGAUUGGGUGCAAGAGAAUUUGACAGAGGAGCAGAAGAAGUAUGCUGAAGAGCAUGCGAAGAAGAAGGCGGAGAAAGACGGUGAGAAGGAGAAAGGCGAAGCCUUUGUUGAUAAGACCACGUUUCAUGGAAAAGAGGAGAAGGAUUAUCAAGGGAGGUCGUGGAUCGCACCGCCUAAGGAUGCAAAGGCGAGUAACGAUCAUUGUUACAUACCGAAGAGAUUGGUGCACACUUGGAGCGGGCAUACGAAAGGGGUUUCAGCUAUUAGGUUCUUCCCCAAUCAUGGUCAUUUGAUAUUGUCUGCUGGGAUGGAUACAAAGGUGAAGAUUUGGGAUGUGUUCAAUUCGGGGAAAUGUAUGAGAACGUACAUGGGGCAUGGCAAGGCUGUACGAGAUAUAUGGUUUAGUAACGAUGGAAGUAAGUUCUUGAGUGCUGGGUAUGAUAAGAAUAUCAAGUAUUGGGAUACAGAGACAGGGCAAGUGAUAUCGACUUUUUCGACUGGAAAGAUUCCUUAUGUAGUGAGGCUUAACCCCGAUGAGGAUAAGCAGAAUGUGUUGUUAGCGGGGAUGAGUGAUAAGAAAAUUGUCCAGUGGGAUAUAAAUUCAGGGCAGAUUACCCAGGAGUAUGAUCAGCAUUUAGGGGCAGUGAAUACAAUUACGUUUGUCGACAACAACAGGAGGUUUGUUACAUCUAGUGAUGACAAGUCGUUGCGUGUGUGGGAGUAUGGUAUACCGGUGGUUAUAAAGUAUAUUAGUGAACCCCAUAUGCAUUCGAUGCCUUCGAUCUCGUUGCACCCGAAUUCGAAUUGGCUUGCAUGUCAAAGUUUGGAUAAUCAGAUACUUAUUUACAGCACGAGGGAGAGAUUCCAGCUAAACAAGAAGAAGAGAUUUGCUGGGCACAUUGUGGCUGGGUAUGCUUGUCAGGUUAACUUUUCGCCCGAUGGGCGGUUUGUCAUGUCAGGAGAUGGUGAGGGAAGGUGCUGGUUUUGGGAUUGGAAGAGUUGCAAAGUCUUUAGAACUCUCAAGUGCCACGACGGAGUUUGUAUCGGUGCUGCUUGGCAUCCGCUGGAACAGAGUAAAGUUGCUACCUGUGGCUGGGAUGGCUUAAUCAAAUACUGGGACUAAGUUGCAAAUUAAUGGUUGGAUUGUUGCAUCUACUGGCUCUGAUAUCAUCUUGGAGGGGAUACACACUCCGAAAAUACUGAAAACAAGAACGUUUCCAUUUGAGGUUGGACGAAGCACAGAGCCCAUGUACCCGCACGCUGAUAUUAUUAUUGCUUACUAUAUUUUCUUUCUAGCCAAGUUGAAGAGAAAAAACACUACCUUUGUAACUUUAAUACUUCACCUUGUUGGAGUUCUGAGAAAUGGCAGGUCAUGUAAACUAUGUAAUAGUUUGUUUUCGCUAUUCUCGAAUAUUUCUAAACCCUUGUGAGCUUUUGAUAUAGAUUUCAUGUUCUUAUCGAUUUUUUUAGAUUUGGCUUGUUGGCGAC